AUGUCUUCGUACCUGACCUGCACUGUCUCGCAAGCAAGAGAAUUCAAUGCUACUCUGCCUCACCAUUUUGUCUCUUUGAACCAGUUGCUGGAUGAAAGAUCCGUCUCUCAUCCUGAUGUCGUCGUCGCUGGUUUCCCGGAAUUGAGCGAAUCCAAGGGAUCAUGGAAUGUUUUAGAACUUACUUACUCUUCUCUCAGAGAAAGAGCCGACCAGCUCGCGACUUAUUUCACCUUGUUUAGCGAUCUCUCACAGCGCUCCCCUGAAGCUACUCAAGAUAGAAUUGUAGCCCUCAUCUCUCCAAGUUGUGUCGACUUCCUGAUCACGCUCUUCGCUCUCACUCGAUUGGGCUACGGUGUACUCUUGAUAGCUCCCCAAAACACUCAAGAUGCUAUUGCACACUUAUGCCGUAGCACAUCAUCCACUCAUCUCAUCUACCAUCCCACUAUGUCCCACAGGCGACGAGAUGCCUUAUCCGAGCUGAGCUUCGUCGAGAUGCCAAGUCGUUCUAUGUACUUUAACAGCUUUUGGCAACCUCUCGAGUACGCUCGCGACUUCAAAGAGGAUGCUGAUCGGACGGCAAUAAUCAUGCAUACCAGUGGCUCGACAAAUAUGCCCAAGCCUAUAUACCAAUCUCACAGGAUAUGGACCGAACCGCUUCCAUGCAUGCCCGGUCCGGCAGCUUUCACCACUACACCUCUCUUUCAUGGCGGAAUGUGCGAUUUCUUGCGCUCAUUCAAUGCGAUGUCCACGACAUAUUUCUACUCAUCGCUAUACUCCAUUACCGCCAAGAACAUUGUCCACUCCCUGAACGCUUGCAAGGACGUGGGCGGGUUUCUGUCCGUCCCAUACAUUCUCCAGCUUUUGAAUGAAGACGAUGCGGGCCGAGCUCUGUUGAAAGACAUGAAAAUUGUAAGUACGGGGGGAGCGCCAUUGGGAAAAGAUCUGGGAGACGAUAUGGUCCGUAGAGGCGUCAAGCUAGUUAGCCGAUUGGGUUCAAGCGAGUGUAGCUUCCUGAUGAGUUCCGAGAGAGACUUUUCGGUCGAUGAAGAAUGGACUUGGCUAAGAAACAGCAGUCCCGUGGGAUGGAAGCUACUUCGUUUUGAAGAGACAGGGGAUUCCGGAUUAUUUGAGCUGGUUGUCGGCAAGGAUUGGCCCACAAGGGUUGUGUCAAAUCGCGAGGAUGGAAGCUUCGCCACUGGCGAUCUCUACACGAAGCACCCUACCGUUCAGCAUGCGUGGCAGUAUUUUGGUCGCUCUGAUGACAUGGUUGUCCUGACGAACGGCAAGAAAGUGCUGGCUGGACCCAUAGAAGCUUCCCUUCGUUCUGCGCCUGCUAUUGACGAAGCGAUAGUUUUUGGUGCCUCGCGACCAACUUUGGGCGUCCUCGUCAUCCCGUCCGCACUACCUCGGGUGGACCACAGUGCCAUCAUCCAAGCCGUACAAGAGUUAAACAAGAUUAGCGCAAGUCACCAAGAAAUACUGGAUCAGAUGAUCGUUAUUCUUCCAGUUGACUCCACCUUUCCAAAAGCCUCAAAGGGAACGGUGUUGCGCCCCAAGGCUUUGGACAAGUUCCGUGAUGUUAUUGAGGAGGUAUACUCCCGUUUAGAAUCUGGUCGAGUUCGAGGUGAUGCCGGAGAUGUCACUGUGGAAGACAAUGACCUCACAGAAUACGUCCGAAACGCGGUCAAGCAUGGGUUACCGAAUAGUGAGGAUGAGAUCAGGGAUGACGAUGACUUAUUUGUCGCGGGAGUUACGUCGCUCAAAGCCUCGCAGAUACGGGGGACGCUACACCAAGUGUUACCUCCGGGUGUGGCAGAUUUGCCCCACAACGUAGUGUUCGAGUUCCCUUCCAUCCGAAAGCUCACUGAGCUUUUGAGGCAACUCCGCUGCGGGAAGGGGACCAAAACCGCCAGUCAGGACGAGCUGAGACUCAUGCGGAGGCUUGUGGCAAGCAUAGGUACCUUUCCCGAGAUUUCGGAUCCCCUGGCCUUCAAGAUCGACGAUGCAAGCCGUCCCGUUGUCGUCAUUACUGGCGCCACUGGAUCCCUCGGAGCGCAUCUUGUGAACCAGUUCUUGAUAGGAACCGAGUUCGACAUAAUAACGCUUGUGCGUGCGGAGAACGAUGUUCAUGCUAUGGAACGUAUGGACGAUGCCCUUAAGAGUCGGGGCCUUGGAGGAUUAAGCUCGAGCCAGUCACACUUACGCAUUCAGUGCCUCGCUUCGCAAUUAUCGCAAGUCGAGCUUGGUUUGCAGGAUAGGGUUUACCGCGAGGUUGCGAGCAAAGCAACCGUAAUUAUUCAUUCAGCAUGGUCCGUCAAUUUUGUGGCGAGCUUGGAGAGCUUUGCGAACACACAUCUUAGAGGGCUCCGCAAUCUCCUCGAAUUUACCGCCAGAUGCACUCGUCCAGCGCGAUUCGUGUUCUGUUCAUCGGUUGCCUCAGUCCUCAAUGUUUCCGCAUCUAGCCCAGACGGUGUAGUCCAAUCGCCAUUGGUGAUCCCCGAGGCGAUAUCUCAAAAUGCAGCGACAGCAAAGCCUAUGGGAUAUGCCCGCUCCAAAUGGGUAGCCGAACAGAUCUGCACGAAUGCGCACUCAAGUGGCUAUCUCUCUGGGCGAGUUGCUGUGGCACGCAUCGGCCAGUUAUGUGGCGACACGGAGAAGGGCGUGUGGAACGAGAACGAGGGGUGGCCUAUGCUCAUCUCUACCGUCCGUGAUGUUGCAUGUUUGCCGAUGGUAGACGAGCAUCCAUCCUGGCUUCCCGUGGAUAUAGCAGCUCGAGUCCUCGUCGAAAUCUGUACUUCGGAAACUUGGAAAUCCGAGAGUGCAUCCGUUGAUCCUUCCGUCUUCCACCUCGUCAACACUAACGUUUCCACCUCCUGGACCGACAUCUUGGCUUACCUCAAAGAGUCGGGGCUCGAAUUCACUUCUGUCUCGCCAGUAGAAUGGUUGGAACGUCUCAACGGCAUCGCUGACUCCUCCCUGAGUGUAUCCGGUGGGAAGAAUCUCAGGCUCUUGGAUUUAUGGAACAAACAGUACGGCAUAGUGAAGGUCGAUGGCGAGCACGACGGAAUCUCGGACAAUGAUGUCGUCUUCGAUGCUUCGCGCGUGAUGGAGGUAUCGGACAGUAUGAGGAACCUAACUCCGGUCAGUCUGGGUUUGGUGAAGAAGUGUGUGGGGUAUUGGACAUCUUGUGGAUGCUUGUGAGAUCGAGACUUUCUU